GACAACUUGAGAAGUGAAGUGAAACUGAUUAGAAUCGGGCUAUUUUCUAAGGCUGUUUUUACUAAUUAAUAAUAUUGUGUUGUGAAGUUUCAAAGUUUCUUUCUUUUUUUAAUAACCUAUGGCUCGCUUUUUCGUAUCUAUGAUGUAACUUUGUCGGCGUCUUGCCCUCUAGCUCCUCCUCAAACAUGGGAGCCAAUGUUUCUCAGUUAGAAAGAGAUAUUGGUGCCGAGCAGUUUCCUCCCAACGAGCACUACUUUGGACUAAUAAAUUAUGGCAACACCUGCUAUAGCAACUCAGUACUUCAAGCAUUGUACUUCUGCAAGCCGUUUCGCGAGAAAGUCCUCGAGUACAAAUCAAAAAACAAGCGAACCAAAGAAACUUUAUUAUCUUGUUUGGCUGAUUUGUUCCACAGUAUUGCGACCCAGAAGAAGAAAGUUGGAACGAUAGCACCAAAAAAAUUCAUCGCUCGGCUGAGGAAAGAAAAAGAGGAGUUUGACAAUUAUCUACAACAAGAUGCCCAUGAGUUUCUCAACUUUCUCAUCAACCAUAUUAAUGAAGUCAUUCUAUCGGAACGGCCUCAAAAUAAUUCCAAAUCAAAAAUGAACGACUCAUCAAGUUCGCAACAAGAACCAACGUGGGUCCACGAAAUAUUCCAAGGUGUCCUUACCAGUGAGACAAAGUGUCUGAAUUGUGAAACCAAAAGCAGCAAGGAUGAAGAUUUCUUUGAUCUUCAAGUAGAUAUAGAUCAGAAUACCAGUAUAACUCAUUGUCUAAAGUGUUUCAGCAACACAGAAACACUAUGUAGUGAUAACAAAUUUAAGUGUGAUAAUUGUUGCAGCUACCAAGAAGCGCAGAAACGAAUGAGGGUUAAAAAACAGCCUAUGAUCCUAGCGCUGCAUCUAAAACGAUUCAAGUAUAUGGAGCAAUAUAAUAGACAUAUCAAAGUUUCACACAGAGUCGUCUUUCCUCUAGAGCUUCGGCUUUUCAACUGUUCGGAUGAUGCUGUUAAUCCGGAUAGAAUGUACAAUUUAGUAGCAGUUGUAAUCCACUGUGGAAGUGGGCCAAACAGAGGUCACUAUAUUAGCAUAGUUAAAAGUCACGAUUUUUGGCUUUUAUUUGAUGAUGAAGUUGUAGAUAAAAUUGACCAGUCAGCAAUCGAAGAUUUCUAUGGUCUAACGUCAGACAUCCAAAAAUCAUCAGAAACUGGUUAUAUUUUAUUUUAUCAAUGCCGAGAUGUAGCUGAUAGUAAACUUUCCAAUUCCGAACCCAAAGUAAACGGUAAAUAACACCGAAUUUCAGCUUUUUGUUUUUAAUGAAUUUUCAUUGUAAUUUUAUGUAUAUUUGCCACGUACUACAAAAAUCUCUACUGUAAAAAUGCCUUGGCUGAUCAGAUGUGAGUGCAUGAUGCAUUGCAAUUGGUUGCAGUCGGUGCAAUGAGUCAGUAAAGUCAUGUGUUUUACUGCAUCAUUUGAAAGUAUUAAGUGACCUGAGAGCACAGGUAUUUUCUCAUGACUUUUUUAUGACAGUGAGUGAAAAGUGUUAGAAAAUUGUAAGAAACAACUUUUUGCUAACCGAAUCUUCCUCAGCCUAACUGACUCAUUGAUCCAUGCACCCUAAAAUUUGUUGAGAAUAAAUUAUUAAGAUCUCUCUUUACUUCUCUUUCUAUCAAAUUUCAUUAGAUUUAUAAAAUCUUUAAAACAAAAUUACUCAUUAGUGAAUUUAUAUGUAUAUUAAAUGUUUGCCCAAUCUGGAUUUGGACUGAACAAUCAGAAAAAGAACCAACACGUCUAGCUUAUUUAUGAAAACACUUAACAACUCAGAGAAAUCAACCAUUGACAUGUUGUUUCUCAAAAAUAAGCCUAAAAAUUUGGUUCCGUUUGGUGCAGAAUGCCAUCCAUUCAACUGAUGUUGAUUAGGGACACAGAAUUUUUCAAAAUUCUCUUUUAUCCUGCAAAGCAACAAAUUGCUGACCUGGAGGAGUGAACGUUUGAUUGCUGUGAAACUGAGUAAUCCAGCAUUAAAUUUUCUUUGAAGUUAGUAUAUGACCUUGUCAGCCAACACAGCCGAUUUUUUUUUAUGAUGUGUGAAAACAAUCAUUCGAUGGUUAACGAGGCCCACCAAAUUUUUUAGCAGCUGAAUAAAAUCAAGAAAUUUCAGUUUUGUAAAAUUUUGAGAAGAGGCAUGUCAUUUAUAUCAAUUGCGUCUAGAUUUAGAUCAAUAAAUAUUUUUGGAACGGAAGGCUUUAUUGCUCCAUUGGCUCCUGCCACGGAAGGCUCCAUUGGCUCCUGCCACGGAAGGCUUUAUUGCUGCAGUCAUUCUGAAAGUAAGCUAUGAUGUUAUGAUGUUUGGCUUGCAGGUCCAAGUUUGUCAGCAAACCCUGAUGAACCACAAGAGAGGGUACAAAAUUAAGCACCAAAAUUAAAGUCAACGAUUGAAAAAUUUCGAUUUAAGAAAGAAUUAAAUUUUCCAAAUUCAAUUCUUAAAUGAGGAAAUAAUGGUUCUUGUCUACGUUAACACACACUUCCCACUUACAAAAGAAUCAAAGUCCUCUUGAGUCGAAUUGAGCACCAAAUUAAUUUCAGUAUGUUUUAUGAUAGAAAAAUUUUCCUGUGCAGUCACUUUUUUUUUGACAAGGUAAAAGGUUCCUUGUAUCAGAAGAGGAAAAAAAUAUGUGUGAAAUGAAGCUUUAGCUAUUUGGUUAACGUUUCAGUUGAUCUCAAUGCCUGAAUGCGCCCUGCUUUGGCCUACGUCAAGUAAGAUUUUUUCGAAAGGAAGAAAUUAGAAUUUACUAUUUUUCACGUGAUUUGGAAUCGUUCAUUACUCACUCUUGAAUUGAUUUUGGAAGUUUUGGAUACUUUUAACUUAUUCUGCAUGAAAUUUUGCUGAGGAAACAUUUACGGUAGUGCUUAACGUCCAACCCUGACCUGUGGUCUGUUAAAUUGGGUCAUUUACUGUGCACCUCCCAGCAAAAAAUGUAUGUUUAAAUGUAAUUUGUAUGUAUGCAGCACUAAUACUGGAUUUUAAUUUAUUAGUUUUAUCUAAAAGAAUUUCGAAACUUUUAAAGUCAUGUAAUUAUUCAAGUGUAUAAAGUCUCCCAUAAUCCAGUUCUAAGACUGUUAAUUUAUUUCUAAUUUCAUUGUUUUAAGUAUUUUGUUUUUCUUUUUAAUUAUGAUGUUUAAUUAUUUUUCCUAAAAGAAGUUAAUUGUACUUGGAUUCGAAUGUUUUUAUUGUUAUGAAUUUUCUUGUUGAAAUUGUUUGAUUUUAAAAUCAACAAGCAGUUUUGAUCUCCAAUUAAUGAAAUCGGAAUUUAUUCACGCAUGUAUUACCAUUUUAAUAAUGUUUUUAAUAUUUGCAAAAGCUCAGAAUCUGCAGUAUUUAAGACUGUCGUGCCAAGAGAAAACUCUGUAUGAAGUUUCAGUUGUUGUCAAAUUUUCUUAGAUAAAGUAUGAAUUUUCAAGGAAAUCUGUGAAUAUUUUCCAGAGAAUUUUAUCAGAGUUAAAUUGUCUGAAAAUCUUGGAAAAUAUCCGUAAAUCUCCUCAAAAAUAAACAUUGUAUCGGAGGAAAUUUGGUAACUUGCAAAUGUUCAUACGGCGCUCCUUAGCUUGGCAGUACAGACCUUAAGAUUAGCAUGAACAAGAAAUGUUUUUGUGAAUGUUUUUGCUUCUUAGUGUGCAGUCGGGUCCAGCAAGAUGAGUUCAGUGGAAGUUAAAAACUGCAGUCAAACAGAUUAAGAAUGAUAAGAAAAAUUUAUGUUGAACUAUAUUUUAAAUGAAUCUAUUGUUUUAAUCUACACAAUUUUUAUGCCUAAUCCAUUUUUGCAAAUGAACAACAAAUAUUGAUGGUUUCAGUCGAAAAGUGGUAGUCUUCUUUGCAAUGGUUAACAAUCUCUGAUAUUGUUUUACUUUUUUUAAAAGAGAAGAACCAAUUUGUUCUUUGAAUUUUGUGUGUGUAUCAUUUUUGAAUGAAGGAAGAGAAAGCGCAGAAAGUUCAUCGAUAGACUAUUUAUUUUUCUUUUUAAAAAAGGUGGAACUCUUUCAACGCCAUAUUUAGAUAUGUUAAUUUUUUAGCUAUCAAUAUGAUGUUUUGUCUUGCAUUAAACAGUGCAACUUUUUCACAAAUCGUAAUUUUAUGUUGAUACUUUUACAGUGCAGAUUGGAGACUUCAUUUCAAAACUUUUGGCACUUUAAAUCUAAUUUUUAGUACCAAUUUCCUAAAGCCCUUUUUUCUCUCAUUGCCUUGCACUGCUUUAAGAUUAUGCAAAAACCUUUUAAAUCUUGUAUCUGUAGUAAAUGAUGUUAUUUUGGAUGACUACUUUACUUUGCGUACACUACCUCAUAAAGUGAAAGAAGGAAAAUUUGUAUUUUAAAAUGUACUGUAGACGGACAUAUGAUACUUGAACGGUUCAAGAAAAACCUUUAUCAGCAACUGAAUAAAAUUUAGGCCAAAAGUUCGUUUUUAGUAUUUUUCGGUAUAUAUUACCUUAGCGAUUACACAGUUUUUCAUUGUUUGAACGCCUAGUUCAAAUGGGAGUUUACUACUGAGUGAAAAUUUUUUCCAGUCAAGAUUUGUAUCUUGAUUGAAGUUGCACUUUUUAAAAUUGAUUCCAUUAUUUUUCCUCAUGGAAGUGAGUUAUUGUAAAGUUUUGCUUAAAAUUUUGGAAGAAGCAAUAAAAUUUUCUUCGGCAUUUACUACCGUUGAAAUUUCUUAAGUAGCCGUUGUUCACAGACUGUUGAAGAACUGUUCUUCGGAUCAAAAAGCCUUCAAGGUAUGUUAUUAAUCAGCAAAUACUAUUAAACAUUGUAGAAUUUUAAAACUCUAGAUUAAUAUCUCUCCUUCAUUGUCCAAUGUUUAAAUUUGAUCUUCAUUUUGUGACAGUUGGAAAAUGAUUUGACAGUGUCACAUGCAGAAAAUAACUCCAAUGUGUGAACGCAAGUGUGCUCAAGAGCAGGUCAAGAUAUUCCUCUUUUUUACUUGCUGGAACGCAUAUCGAUAGCCAAAGUGCAUAACCAUGUAUCUCUAUUGCGUUGUUUCAAAAUUUCCACUCCUAUUUUAUUUUUAAAUAAAAAUCAGCCAAUUUUAGAGUUUGAAAUUUGCACAGAACGAGAAGAAAAAUUAAGGAAGAUUUCAAGAAAUUUCAAGAAAAACCGAAGAUAUGUGGUUUUGCACUUUAGCCAUUCAUAAUUCAAUUUUUUGUGAAGAAAGGACCCUAAAAUCAUGUUCUACGAGACUUCGUUCAGCAUACAUACAUAAUAUGUAUUUAUUUUAAAUAUUAUGUUCUGUUUCUCUCCCUAUGUUAUGCUUCAGUUUCCAUCAAUAUAUUUAUGAAUUGAACAUACUGCAUUCUUGCAGCCAGUUUAUCUUGUGCGAUUUUCCUCUCAGUCAUUUAACUGUCAUCAGACUGAUAGGAAAAAUAUCCUAGCUGAAUGCUUUAUUGAUGAUGUAUUAUUUUUAUCUUAAUUAUUUAUUGCUGUAGAAAAUUGUUGAUUUUAAAAUAAAAUAAAAUUUGUUACUGUA